GGUUCCAUUUGCCCCACGUAUAAAACCAAUAAACCACCAUAGCUUUUGUUCAGCCGCGCACGAAAGUGUUGAAGAUUUCUAGGGUUUCUGCUAUCUCCCUCUAAUUCGCCAAAAUGACAAAGAGAACCAAGAAGGCUGGCAUCGUUGGCAAGUAUGGCACUCGUUAUGGUGCUAGUUUGAGGAAGCAAAUUAAGAAGAUGGAAGUAAGUCAGCACAGCAAGUACUUCUGCGAGUUUUGUGGAAAGUAUGCUGUGAAGAGAAAGGCUGUUGGAAUAUGGGGUUGCAAAGAUUGCGGCAAAGUGAAAGCAGGAGGUGCUUACACGUUGAAUACUGCUAGUGCCGUCACUGUGAGGAGUACCAUUAGAAGGUUGAGGGAGCAGACAGAGAGCUAAAUUAACUUCCAGAUUUAUCGUUCUAUCUUUGCAGGGAGUAAUUCGUUGAGGUUCUCGAGUUGUCUUUAGUUUCCAUAUAUUUUUGCUGAAUUUGAAUCUUCUCAAACGGAAGUUCAGAAAUUAAUCAGUUUGUUGAAUCUACUUUUGACGAUAAUGAAUGUGGGAUAUUUAUUCUGGAAUUUGUAUUUUAGUUUAGUAUAAGCUAUUAGUUAGCUAUAUUAUAGAAGUUUAGUUGGUUAUUGUUGUUUAUGAUAUGAAAUAUUGUCAUGAUAAUUUAUUCCUUGCUGCAAAGCCCUCCAGUCA